GUAACCGGAAUAUUUAAAAUAUUGUUAGUUAGAUUUUUUUACUGAAAUUGAAAAUAGCUAUAUUAUAUCUAGCACCAAUUACUAUGAAUUUUGUAUCGACAUGUGGUCAUAUAUUAUCAGUAGAAGAAAGAAUUAUUUUGAAAAAUUCGUGUAUCAUUCUUCGAGAUGAAAAUAGGCUUGAGAAAGUGCAGUUGUGGGGAAAAAUUUUAGGACUAACGAGCAAUUAUUUUAUCGUUCAAGGAAAAGGAAAAGACCUUUUAAAGGAUAAUAAAAUAUUUUACAGUCUGAACGGAAUCGACUGGCAGUUAUUACUACCUACUUCUUCAGAAAUUUUAGAAAAAGUUCCUUACAUUAGGGGUCGGUUUACAGGUGAUCCAUCUUAUCAUCAAAAUGUCAUCAUCGUUGACUGGGAAGAUGAAGGAGAAGAUAAACAGGAACAAGUAAAAGAAGAAGAUCGACUAAGUGCUAUUGUUACUCUGAUUGAUCGGGAUACAGCUGCUGUACCGAGAGGAGCAGUGUUGCUAACACCACAGGGAGAAGUAAUCAGAAAUCGAUCUUUUGAAGGACUUUCAUUUUCUGAAGCUACCAAACUGCAUUCCUAUCUACAUUUUCGUCCAACUAGCAAGAAAAGUGAUCUGAAACACCUGCGUCCUCAGGCUGACGUAGAUGUAGCUCUUGAUUUCUUAGAACCCAUCUCCAAUGACGUACCACAAGGAUGUUGGAGCGUACAGGUUGAAGAAUUUAAUACCAUAGUAUUACGAAACUGGUGGUGGCCAGGUAUGACGUUCUACCACAUCCCUGCCACCUCUUAUUAUGGUCAACUUUACAUCGGAAGUGGUGAGCCCAUUAUGGACCUUCCAUUUAUGCUAUAAUUGUGGCUGAAUUUUUCUAUUAAACGAAUUUCAAACAUUAUUAAUUUCUAGUAACGUGCGAUAUUUUUAGUACGUAGCUCAUGAAAAAUAUCACAAUAU